AUGACGAUGUGGUUUCACCUGUGGACUUUUGAUACUCAUGAAGAGCUUGUUGAAAUGAUUUUGCGAUAUGUAUCGGAAAAAAGUGGUUUCAUGACAAUAAUAGAUAUGGACACGGAGGAUACGAAGAGGAUCCAGUUGAAGCAUCGAUUAACACUAAGGGAACAAAGUGUGAAGAGCCGGAUCAAGUACAUUUCGAUGAUAAACUUGCCAGAAGAUCCAAUGAGAGUAAUGUACAGUUAUCUAAGUUGGUUCGAGGCCAAUUUGACGGGAGAAAAUGAAGUAUACAUGGUAAUUAACGGACUGUGUGAACACUUGUCGAUCGUUUAUUCGAAGAUUUUGUCCAAGAUCGACGAGAAUCAAUUAAGUAUACAGGACUUCCAAGGUUACUCGGUCAGUCAGGUGAUACUGGUAUUCAAUAAAAUGCAAAGGUUGAACAAAAUGGGAGUUGAAGUUGUGAUCAACGAUCCUAAAGCAGUGGUGGACAGACUAGAUCAUAUAUUAUUUAGUAGAAGUAAAGGGUUUGGAAUGGUAAAGGAUUUUAAGGAGUUCGACAGGGACAACCUGGUGUCGUUGGGGGAUUUACUUAACUGGAAGGGAAAAAACUGA